AUGUCCAUCGGUGGAUUCUCAGAAUCGAUUGAUUUCAACUCAUUCCAAGCUGCUCUUGACGGCAUCCAACAAUCCAAAUCUCUCUUGGAAUUGAGUUUAUAUGGUUGGGAACAUUGGGACUCAUUGCCAUAUCAGCUUCAGCAUCUCACUUCGCUCAAACACUUAUAUUUAAAUGGUUUUGGAAUUGAAGCAUUGCCGGAGUGGUUUGGGGGUCUGUCAUCUCUUGAACUUUUACAGCUGGUAAACUUAAAAAAGCUUAGGCAUAUGCCCUCUAAGGAAGCGAUGCAACGCCUCACCAAGCUAGAAGGUUUAGGUGUUAAUGGCUGUCCAUUGUUGGAGGAGAGGUGCAGGGAAGAAAGAUGCCCUGAUUCUGAGUGGUCAAAGAUUUCACAUAUUCCUAUCAUACGUGGAGUGGUGGGCCCACGUGGUUAA